AUGGCUCAGGUAGUAAAAAAAGCACUUUACUCUCUGUUUGUUUAUUUCUAUGUAGUGUUGUUGAUGCAUGAGCAUUUCAUUCGUAAAGCUACUCUGCUAUUAAUAACAGGCUUAAUGCACUUGGUCAAUGGUAACUAUUGGGCUCAUGUACCCUUAACUUUUUAGUAAUGUCACUGUUAUUAAUGCAAAGACUCUGCCAGUAUGCAGUGGAUCAAUAUAUUUCAAACUGUUUGUUGUUCUCAAAUCACAUAUCAAAAAGAGCUCUCGAUCUUGGUGAAAAAUUCCAUAAUCUGCAAAAAAUAGCAAAUACUGCUGUUGUUUGGCUGUGAAACAUUCUAAUGUUGUGAUGAAUCUAAUCAAAGUAAGUGUUUAUUAAACCAAAGCUGCACAAGAUAAAUGGAAUUAUUUGCUGCAUCAUAGACCUUUUUUUACUUCAUAUCAUAACCUCCUUGAAAUUCUGUAUAAUUUCGGAUUUUUGUUCGUUAUUUACGUAUGCUUUUUCACUCGAUCAUCAGAAGUCUUGUAAAUGAGACAAUUAUGCCUUGCUUUCAGUGUUUGCCUUGUUGAUGCUUUUGUUUCUGAUGCAGGUAUGCAGGUGUGGCUAAAGGUCAGACAUACAGCUCAAACCCUAACCCUAACACCUUCAGUUGCACCUGCGCCAAUAAAUAUCCCUGUAACUUAUUACAUUACACAAUGCCCUUUAAAAACACUGACCCAUGUCAAUAAUUUAAUUGUCUGCUAAAUGCAUCUGAUCAAGUUUCUUUUUUUCCCAAUGAUACAGAGAUCAGCACACUUGUUUAGCUAUGGUUGUUCUAAUUCUUCAAGGUAAUUUUGGAUCCCUAAGUAGUGUUGUUUUAACUGUACAUGUACAUGUAAAUUAGUUCUAGUAAUACCUUUUGCAUUCGAUGAAAUUGUUCACCCAGUAGUUUAUAUUCAUUUAUGGGCCAUAAAUGUUGACAGAACGAAAUUAAUAACGAAAUGGUNUACAGAGAUCAGCACACUUGUUUAGCUAUGGUUGUUCUAAUUCUUCAAGGUAAUUUUGGAUCCCUAAGUAGUGUUGUUUUAACUGUACAUGUACAUGUAAAUUAGUUCUAGUAAUACCUUUUGCAUUCGAUGAAAUUGUUCACCCAGUAGUUUAUAUUCAUUUAUGGGCCAUAAAUGUUGACAGAACGAAAUUAAUAACGAAAUGGUCAAAUAUUAUUGAAUUGAAAGAAUUAGCAUUGCUAUGAGGCAAACCAGUGCUGGCUAUUUACAAGCAUGGCCAAGGAGUUAAGCUCAGAACUACUGAGAACAAAUCCAGCCAAUGAUGCAACUUGAGAUUAGUUUAUCUCUCAUUGCUUAUACUAAAAACGCUGUGCAUUCAAGUGGAGAAUCCAUGUUAUAGUGUUGGUGCAUGUGAUACCUUUAGAAAGAAAGGAACUCUUGCUUAAAGGAAACUUAGCCCAAACAAGCCUUAGCCUGAAAUAAAGAUUUUUUUCCCCACCAUUUUACAUUGUAGUCAACUUUAACUGAUUCCUUUUUUUACUUAACAAGGCUGUGGUUUCCUUGCGUGGAUUCCUAUUCUGAGCUUUGUACAUGGAACAUUGACAUCACUGUUGAUAAAGACAUGAUUGCUGUAAGCUGCGGGGAUCUUGUAGAGACGGUAUGUCUGUUAGUUAUUUCUGUCAAGGCAGGUCAAGCAUACCCCCCAAAAUUCUAUUAAUGAAUUGAUUAUUUGAAAAAUGAAUCCGUUAGUUGUUGAAUCUGAAAUUUACAUCUACCAACAGAUUCAACUUUUGAAUAAUAAAUUCAUUAAUGGAAUCUUGGGGGGUACGCCUGACCUGGCUUGACUGUAUGUAAAGAAUUCAGUGUCUUGACUUCUAGUUCCCAUGGAUACUGUAAGAACAUAAUACCUUUAGUUAGUAACUGCCAAUUCAUUUUGUGGGUUUAUACCCAUAUAGAUGUUGUAGAGACCUCCCUGUCAAAUCACAGAACAAAGGACUUUAAACAUCAGUAACAUGUAGACGGAUAUGUAUCAACUUUGUAAAUGAACAUUAAAAUUUGUUGACUGCAUGGUUUUACAUGUACUCGUAAUUACCCGGUAAGUUCCAUUUUGCAUGUUUUGUUGUAAAAUUACAUUAACCCAUUCGCUCCUGGAGAUUUUGCUGAAAAACGCGUGUUGAAGCUAGUCGAGUGGUUUUCUGGUCACUGUCGUGCUAUAAAGAGCUAAAACUUACCACAAAACUGGUUUACAGGUCGUACACUUGAUGGCCUUCCGACAUACACAUUUUUGGGUUUAAAAGUGACACAGCAGUCUUGACUUUUACUUUUCGCUUUCUCUCCUCCCCUCUUUUUUCGCUUUUCUUGCCUCAUUUUUUUUUCUCUUGCUGGGCAUUUAGUAGGCUUCAUUUUGGUGGGAAUAGUUUUUAGGAAAGCUUUGAGGAUCUUAGGAUUAGGUGAAAGGAAAGGUAGGUGGGCAACGGAACAAGAUUUUCACGGAGAUUUUCAGGUCAAUGUUACAUGGUUUUUUGCCUCUUUCUCCGGUGUCCUUGACUGAAUUGUGCUCAUUCUGGUAUGGUUUGAAAGAUUUCUUCACUCUGCACAAGUUAGCGGACAAAGUUGUCCUUGACCGUUAAAACUGAUGACGUCACAAAGGGUAGAAAGGACGUGGAUCCGCACGGGCGGUUCAGGGGCGAAUGGGUUAAUUUACAAAGAUUUCACGUAUGGAGUAGAGAAACUUUAAAUAUGUAUUUUGUUUGUUUCAGGUUAUCUAGAAAUUUUAAUAAAGUUCUGACUUUUUUUAAAAAAUAUGGUGGUGUAAUUUGCCUAUUGAGAGUACAAAAAUAAAACUCCACAAAAUAUUCAGACAUGGCAAAUUACAUGUGUAAAAUAAUCUUUUAAGAUUUUAGCGCACAUAUUUGCCUUGAGGUAAUCAAAACUGAUUUGGUUGUUAAUAAUGUACAUGAAAAAAUUUAUUGAAUCUGAUUGGCUGAAAGCAAUGCAGUUUUUAGUAAGCAGUGGAAAAAGGAGGAAAUAUUCCAUGCCAAACAAGGAAAUAAGAUGCAAAUAUCUCAGAGAAUUGAGUACUGUCAUUGGUUGAUAAAAAAUACAUAAGAACCAAUCAGUUGCCACAUUCCUCAUUGGUCCCUUUGAGGUUGUGUGUGAGACUGGGUUGGUUUGUGUUGAAUUGCACUUUUCGACUGUUUUGGAAAUAAAUUUAGAUCCAGUAAAAUAUUUCACGAAUACAGUAUUAAUAAAGGGUAAUUUUGUUCAAUUUCAAGCUUAUUUACCUGCAUUUGUUUGUUUUUCAAAAAGUUCAACUGUGCAAUAAUUGCAUUCACCCUUCAGGCUAAUGCAAUUUUGAUACUUUUUGAAAAGCACACUUGUGUGCAGAUAUAUUUAAAAUUGAACUGGAAGUCAUAUGAUUGCCUACACCAAUAUAAUUUUUCUAUACAGGUAUUCACUGCUGAUGAAAAAAGGAAAACUUAUCACUAUACUCUAAGCAUUCCUACAUGUGCUCCUAAUAUUGCCUUAGCUGUUGGGUGAGUAACUUCGUCACAGGGUUAUAAAAGAGGCUGAUGUGUCUCUACAUUUAUCAAAAUUCAAGCAGUUAUAGGAACUGCCAACAAAUUUUGAAACAUGAAAUAACCACUCAAACAACAAAGAAGGUAUAAAUAACAAGGCAAAUACAAAGAAGGCAAGGAUGGAUAAACUUGAAGUAGAUUAAUAAAAAAUGGAUUGCAAUUGUGGGUUUUAAAAACUAAAUAUUAGCCUAACAGGUUUUCAAAGUUCAUUUUUGUUGAUAUUAUGCUUAUGAGGCAUAUUUGUUGGACAAGAAGUUGUAAUGUUGUCAUUUACAAGUUGUUUCUUUGCUAACAUUGAGUUCCGUACCGCAUAUGAACAGGUAAAUAAAAAUAUUGACAAUGUUGAGCUGUAAAACGUCCCCUUAAUAAUUAAAUACUGGCAAGUUUUUCAUUGUCAGUACUCAUACAAAGUUUGGGUAGAAUUGAAGGUUUAAAUUAAAUUAUAACCACAGAACAGGCAAGAAAAUUUGAUUCAAAGUCUAUGUGUAUUUUGAUUUGAGGAUCAAAACUAAAAUAGAAAUGUAAUGUUUGUAAAAAUUGCCUUUAGAAUGAUAAUUACACUGUACAUGUAUGUCAACUGCAAUUGUUUCCAUCUUAGAAGAACAUACUGCUGAAAGCCAAUGCCAACCUAACAAUCUUGCCUUCUUGUUAAGUUCAUUACUUGCAAUUUACUAUGUAAUAAUUGUAAUGUGUAAUGUGGUUGACAUUUAUUCCUCUUACACAGACCAUUUGAGAUUCACGUAGACCCUGUGAUGCCAGAAGUAACGCACUUCUGUCUGCCUGGACUUCUUCCAGUUCUAAAGAAUACUACUGCAUUUCUUCAUGAGGCAUUUGAGUUUUACGAAGAGUACCUCAGCUGCCGCUAUCCAUAUACCUACUACAAGCAAGUAUUUGUUGACCAAGCUUAUGAUGUCCUGUCACCAUAUGCAUCCAUGACAAUUUUUAAGUAAGUCUGAAGUUAGUGCAGAGGUUAUGUUUCUUUUUUCUUUUUCUUUUGCUUUUUAUUUUUUAGUUGUGAAUUGUCUACUUGCAUAUGAUGCUCUACAAUGAAUUUUUCCUGUUUGAUCUUUGCAGUUCAAUGUUCACCAUUUUAACUUACUGUCUCUAUAUGUGGUUUUUUUGAUGAGUGCAUGGUUGUAAUUUUUAUUUUAUUCCAGUACAAGCCUACUUCACUCUUCAAGGAUCAUUGACCAGGGAUUUGAGACCAGGAAAUAUUUAUCCCAAGCAUUAGCAGAGCAGUUUUUUGGAUGUUACCUCUGUCUACAGACAUGGUAUCUUGUUACUUACAGAUAAUGUAGUGAUUGAAUGCUAAAGUUUUGUUCUUUAUUCGUUUUGCCAGGUGUGGAUUAAAUAAUUGCUUGUCUGACGUACAUGUAAUCAUGUAUAAGGGCCAUUAGUAGGCAGGCAAAUUAAACAGCUAGAAUGUUCUUUUGGUUGUAUUUUCCUUUGGUUUCCUUUGAGGCUAUAAGUGGGGGUCAUACUCAUACUUGGUGUAGGGAAAUUCCUGGCCCAUUGUCCUUAGUGGCAGCCUGUAAUUGGUUAGCUAGGGUUAAAAAACUCCAUUCUGCAGUGCUGAAAGUGGUGGGUUAGGUUACAAGACAAUUGGCAAGGUCUUUCAAAACUUCUUAGUACUAUAUCAGCUCUCUUUGACAGCAGGCAAUGGCAACAGAUUUUCUUGUGUAGUGGAAUAGCUCAUUGUUGUGGUGUUUCUGUGAAGUGAUCUGUUAUUAGGACUGUCAAUAUUACUUUUGUAAACAGGUCAGAUUACUGGUUAGCAAGAGGAAUAUCAGGAUACAUGUUUGGUUUAUUCAUGAAAAAGAUGCUCGGUAACAAUGAGUACAGGAACUGGAUGAUAGAGGUCAGUACUCAUUAAGAUGAAGCUCACUGUGACUUUAGUGACAAAAACACUUUUUAUGCAAGAACAUGUGACAGUCCACUUCAGCAGUUUAUGAACAUUGUACGGACUUUGAGAAUCAAAUCAGAGGGCCGUAAGUACAAACGUUGGGUUAAGGGGCUGCUGCUAAGCAAGAAACUACAGUCGAAACUUUCUAAUACGGACACCGAAGGGACAGAGCAAAGUGUCCGUAUUAGAGAGGUGUCCGUUGUAUAGAGGUCAUGAAUAUUACGUCACUUUAAAGGCUCCAUUGAUGGUAUUAAGUGUUCUUUAAGUCAAAAUUGGGCCAAAAAAGGCUUUGAGGUGCAUUUGAAUUGUUUAAUGGACAGUGCAAAUCAUUACAAUACAAGCGAAAGAGGGUUUGGGACUUAUAAAAUAUUUUCUUGCAAGGCCAGGGACCAAUGGAGUUGUCAACGUAUGUGGGAAGGCAGUCAAUCGGGGCGGAGGAUUAGGCAUGGAGAUCCCAUGUGAAUAUAUUUUCACUGGACCGCACAAACUCAUUGAGCGUUUGGAGAAGUGCUUGGAUCUUACAGAAAACCCAGCUGUCCGUAAAGAUAGUCUUUCAAGUGAAAAUGUCGAAAAGAAAAGAGGUAGAAAAAGGAAAGCAACAACUGGAGAGUCUUCAAAGAAUAAGAAAUCUUGAUGAUAACUGGCAAUGACAUGUCGAUAGUAUAAUUUUUACCGAUUGAAAACAUGAUACUGUUAUCGUAUGAACAAUGAGACAAUUGAUUACACUCUGAUAUGUAACGACAAACAGGAAAUCGUGUUGAAUAAGAACUGUCAUCAUUGGAGUGUCCGUAAUAAAGAGGUUCAGUUUGUAUGAAUUUUCUCUCUGGGGCCGAGAUUUCGUGUCCGUUGUCCGUAUUAUAGAGGUUAUUUUUACAAAGAAUGUAUGAGCAUUUUCCCGGGAUCAAGUGAACUGUCCGUAUUAGAGAGGUGUCCGUAAGGAGAGGUUCGACUGUACUGCAGUGUACGCCCAACAUUCAACAUUGAACAGGAAUGGAGGCCUUUAUUUACGAUCUGUAUAUGGUGCUUUGGAAUGGUUACGUGACAGACGGUCACCCGAGACCUUUAAAUGACUAAGACAGACACUGUAAUAGGGAACUUAAGCAAAGAUGUUUUUGAGCAACACACGUGAGCUUGAAGUGGACUGUUUUCAUGCUUGCGCAUAGUUGUUUAAACCAAAUUUUUUUGGUAAGUCGAAAAGAUACUUAGCAAAACAAAUUUGGUAGCACCAAGGAAAAAGGGAAAAGCUUUACUUUGGGUCAACAUGCAUCGCUCAAACUCGUCUUUGCCUAAGCUUUUUCUGUUUUCUUCUUCAAAAAUUUGGUUUAUCAACUACAAUAGCCUGUGUCACAAACGAAACUAAACCUCUGAAUAAGUCCGUCUAUGAGCCAGCGCCCAAAUCCUUGUUCUGGGCUCCACCUUUGUACCAGGAUUUGAGUACGUGUUAUGAUUGGCUUGUUAAAAACCCAUUGUCGAUUUGCGGUUUCAGUAAAAUUCUUUUAUGAAACAAUUAUGCAUUACAUAUUGCUCAUGAAAAAUGAAUUCUGUUAGUGAUUACCCCUAGUGGUAGUCACAAGUCCAAAAAUUUGGUUUAGGUAAUAACUUCGUUAAUUGUAUAGCUCAAUACGCGAGCGGGAAAGAGAAUCCUGUGCUCUCAUUGGCUACCCGAGUGGGCAAGAUAGACCCAUCAAAUUUUCGCUCGUUGGUCCCGCGAGAGAACGUAUUCCUUUUAGCAAUACAACAAAUCCCUUAUUGACCAUGUUUGUUCGGUCAAGAAGGCUGGAUUUUGAACUCGUUCUCUUUUGCGUUUUUAUUGACCUCGAAUAAAGAGGAGAAGUGUGACGUCUCGUUACCAUGGUAGCAAAAAUUUCUGGAUCACAAUAAUGGGGAGCUUAAGCAACAACGACGGCGAGGGCAACGAGAACGGCGAAAAAGGUAUCGGUUUAUAUUAGCAAGACAACAACUGUGUAGGUGCAUCACACUUUUUUGUACAUUUCUUGGCCGUCGUUAGAAGUCUGCGACAUGAAACUUCCUAAUUCACGCGCCCGCUUUAUGGAGUUGGUGAACACAGCACAAGAAUUUUCUUUUUCUUUUCCUUAACUUAGAUACGAUCCAUUCGGAUUCAACUUCAACAAUUUCGCCAAGAUUUUACAAAUUAAAUGAAAUUGAAUAAGAUCGGUGACGUUUGAAACAGUGCGAAUUCUCUUUUUACGUGACGUUUUCGCUUUGUUUUCAUCCAGAAAUUUUGCUACCAUGACAACUUGACGGAACGACUUCUCCUCUCUAUCUGUAUUGGUUCAUCAAUAACUCAAUUUUGCCAUCUUUAGGAGUCCAAACAAGUUUGCCAGUAUGAAAUGCAAGGUCCCGGCAUCCCACCGCUCUACAACUCUGGCUUGUUGUCCAUGGCAACUGGCUCCUCUUCAAGCCAGGCACCAGAGUCUCCGUCUCAAGCGAGCCCUAAUUUGCAUCCUCAUUUGACCUCAGGAAGGAACCUAGAGAUAGUGUGGAGUAAAUCACACCUUGUUAUGCGAAUGAUUGAAAUGCGCAUUGGACAGGAACCUUUACUACAGGUAUGUGAGGUUUCUUGGCCGAAUUUUAGGGGAUUAGGAAAUCAUGAUAUGAAAAAAUUACUGUAAACAGUUGGUAAAUUCACAGCCACUUGUCCUUCGUUGAGAGUGUUGUACUUGCCAAGGACUAUCUUAAGGCUACUAGCGAGCUUAAUUAAGCAACUGCACCAGCGACGGCAGCGAAAACGUCACAGAAAAACAGUGAAUUCAUCCUGCUUCAAACUUCUUCACUCUUAUUCCAUCUCGUUGAAUAUGUCACAUGUUAGCGAAUUUUUCUGGAGUUGAAUUCUAAAAGACUAUCUAAGUUCAGAAAAAAGAAAAACCAAAUCUUUUUCUCGUGUUCACGUCAUUUUAAAAUCGUGAGAUUAGGUAGUUUAACCUCGCCAUUAUCGUUUUUUAAAUUCCCUUGCAGGUAUUUAAUAAGCUGUUGUCACUUGCAAACAGUGCAGCACAGCCUAAAGCAGACUUCAGUCUCUGGACCAACUUACUUCUCUCGACAAGUGGGGUAAGACAUUGCGUUUUUGAAGUAUUACUGUUAGCUUUUUAAAGGUCAUUUCUUAAAUUUUCAUUGUGUUGUCUACUUGAUAUGCUAUUUUGUUUUGGUAACAGUUUUUGAAGUCCAUUUCCACGGUUUCCGGCAAGGAUAUCAAUGUGUUUGUUGAUCAGUGGAUGUAUCCUUUUACGUAGAGUAGCGAAGAGUGAUUAUGAUAAUACACCGACUUAGUUUGGCUACAUGUAGAAGGUUCCCAAUGUGACUACUGAUGACAACAAUUUUUAUGUAACAUUCAGUAACAGGUUUAGUAAUGCCGUCGAUGAAAGAACAACAGUUCGCGUCAGCGAAAACGUCGCUGAAAAAGUGAAUUCGCGUUCUUUCAAUCUUCAUCGCGAUUACCCCAAGUCACUAACUUUUUCAAAUGUAUAGGUGAACCCUCCUGAAGUUGAAUCCCUAAGGACCAUAUCCAAGUUCAGACAGAGAGAGAGGAAAUUUCGUCGUCGCUUGUGUACUUCUUCUUUAAAACGUGAAAUUAGGCAUUUUCACGUCGUAGUGGUGCAGCGACGGCAAAGAAAUGUACAAAAAAGCGUGAUGCAAGUGGAAAAUUGUUGUUUUGGUUAUUAAACCUAUUGCUUUUUUGACGUUCUCGUUGCCGUGGCCGUCGUCGGAUCUUAAGGUCCCUACUAACCGUAAGCUCAGACGUAAGAUUACUGGACAAUAACCUGCGAGCAAGGUCUCCAUUUCCUUUCGCUUGCCGUUCGCGUGCCACUUCUCGUGAUAUGCUUGUCGCCAGGGUAGUUCCCGCAGAACAGACCGGCGCUCUUGCAACUGAGCCCCUUGUGCUGAGAUUACUGGGCAGCGGUGAUGACUAACAUGUGGAAGAUUCAUCUCAAAGUGUGUUUGUAAGAUGAACGUAAAAUGAUUACCAGAUGUAUAAAAAGGUGAUCAAUUAAUUCGAAAAAAUAAAAGACUAUUGUUCCUUAACCUUGUCGUAGUUGUCACAGUGGUGUAGCCAAAUUCCAUGGAAGUUUUGUUUUCAACAGAAAGCGUAACAUUGUUGAACUUGAAAUAAAGCAGGACAUGUCUCGUGGGACAGCUAAAUAUGUGGUAAGAGCACAGGUUUCCCAAGCUUGGUUAAUAAAAUACUGUAUCCUAGAAAACCUAGUACAAGAAGCGAUUUGUAGAAUUUGUAUGGGAAAAUUCACUGUCACUUUUCAAACUAUAUAAUAAUAAAUAGUUAUUUAUUUGGUGCUUCAUGAUUUCUAUAUCCAUGCCAUUAAUAGAACAGAAAACCAGCAGGCAGAACAUGCCAAGAAAUCUAGUUACCUGUGUAACAAUGGUAUCCGUGCGCUAAACUUAAUUAAAAUGUCAUUAGUUGCUCAUCGACGCAAUUUUCCCAUCCUUAGGCAUGAAUGUUUUGCACUCAUACUGAAUGUGUUUCACUGACAACCCAGAGUCGCACCAGGGCCUUUCGUGCCACUACACUACUACACCAAACUGCCAAAAAACUGUCUUUCAUAACUGAUACAUUUACAAUAUUCAUAGUAGGCUAACCUAGCCCUUGCCAAACUUUUAACGUAAAUCUAACUGCGGCUUCGACUUCGUUAUUUAUAACAGGAAGGAUUAUUACAUUGUGGUUAAGGCGCGACCCUCUGUGAGGGAGGUUUCUUGUUCGGUUCCAAGCUGUGAACUCGUGGUCUUCUUUCUAUUCUGUGUAGCUUUAAGUAGCUUUAAAUGCCCGUAAAACAGAGCACUGAUGGACAGAGGGGGGUAAAAUGACAUGAAAAUGAGCUCACCGUCUGCCUUAGGUUUGUUAGGGCCUGUUUACCUGAAGUUGGGGUACCCCAGAUUGGUGAGGUAACAUUGUGGCGGGUCACCCCACCUAUCAUGUAAACGUAAUCAAAUUAAAAUGAGAGAUAAUAUGGACAGGCGGGUUACCCCACCUAAGUGGGCUACCUCACCUACGUGGGGUCCCCCAACUCCAUGUAAACAGACCCUUAGUCAGAUGACUAUUCUGAGCUGCCGACGUAAAAGAACGACUCUUUACCUUCUUUACCUUUGCCUUUAAAGACUAUUUUGAAAUGUACUCUGCUUUUAUGUAUUACAUACUCCAUUACUGAUAAAUUGGUUACUAAUGAUGGUAUCACUUGUUUUCGAAAGAUAUAGGUCUCACUGAUUAUACCUACAUGGGUGGCUAACUGCAUAAUGUUUACUUACACUGAUUGCUUUCUGGAUAAUGUUUUACUUAAUCUGCUUUCAGGGUCCCCUAACAGUCUGUGUACAGGAGCUGGAUGGAUCGUUUAAUCACACCGUGCAGAUUGAAGAUGUCUACAGCCGCCAUGAGCUUCCCUGCCAUUCCAAGAGUCGCAGGUUAGUUAUCAAAAACCAAAGCAAAUAUAGAAAAAUUACAAGAAAGGUGGGCUUUUUGUACAAGAAAACUGCAAACUGAAGUGUUCUGGUAGUUAUAGUAAAAUGACGUCGUCUUGCAAUUGUCCUAUUGCGACGGCUACACUCGCAUGUUGCAUGUGAAUAGACUAUAUUUUCGACAUAUUGAAACUGAUACUUGGCUGUGAGGCUUGGGGGAAUAAAACAAAAGAAAUCAUCUGUAAGCUCAAUAAUGAAUCAUACAUUUCUUUUGUUUUAUUCCUUUAAGCCUCGGAGCCAAGUAUCAAUUUUAAAAUAUCGAAAAUAGUCUAUUCACCCUAUACUCUUAAUUAUUAUCUUGCUCAGUCUUAAUCUGCUGGUGAUGCUAAUUUUGUAAUCGUGUAGCUGAUUGAGUAUAAAGUGAUCGAUUGUGCCUUCUACGUGACAAUGUGUCAUUUUUUUCAAUAAAUGGUGGCAUAAAUCAAAUGAUGUUUGGUUCUCGAAUUUUAAAAGGAAUAAGAAAAAGAAGAUUCCUCUAAUGACGGGAGAAGAAGUGGACAUUAACCUUGAUGCAAUGGAGUAAGUACCAACUAUAUUCGCCCUAUUAAAAAAAAACGUAGUUAUUUCAGCCAAUCACAGCAGAUACUAGAAAACAGACCAACCAAUCAGAACUCGGUGUUGUAGUGAGUGCGUUGAAAAGCGCGGGAAACUAGUAAUCAGAACUUAUUUAAUACAGGUUUAUAGUUGGAAAAUAGCUCAGAUGUUUUCUUUUUUAAUCCUUUUAUAGAAAUAUUGAUUUUUAUAUUUCAAACAAUAUGAAUUUUCCACAAUAGCACGUCACAAGUGACCUGUGAACACGUUUAUAUAUUGGAACAUGAAAGAAAGUGUAUAAGGGACAUUACGAACGUUAGACUAUAAAUUGACUUUGCGUACGCGGGGAAAAGGCCAACUAAUUGAUCAAAGAUUUGUGGAUUAACUUUAAAACACUAAUCGAUUAUAUUUUGAUGUUGCCACAGCUCUGAUUCGCCAGUCUUGUGGGUUCGUAUUGAUCCUGAGGUGACAUGGCUUCGACAUGUAACCUUUGAACAGCCUGACUACAUGUGGCAGUACCAACUUAGACACGAAAGAGAUGUUAUUGCACAGUGUGAGGUACAAGAAUUUACUGAACCAUUGUUAAUAGUCUCGGCUCUUGGCGGAUAAAAACGUACAUGCGAUCCACGGUUCUAUCAUCCUCAGCCCUCUUAGACUCCUCUUGUUCGCGUACAGUAUAGAGAGAUACCCAUUGACUGCGAAAGAGUAAUCGACGUUUGUCACUGAAAAAAGCCAAGAAGCUGCAAGAAGACUUAUGUGGGCCCACAAUGUAAACUACUGGGUUUACCAGUGAUUUUGACAGCCAUUACAGCUUUAUUUAUUUAUUUAUUUAAGACUUGCAUUUUAGGGACCGAUAGUAGAUAAUUGACACCGACGCGUAGAUUUUCUUCCUAGACCUCCUAGUGUUGAUUAUGGCAUUCUAUUUCGGAAAAUGUUCUAUAAAAAAUGUGCACUUGUACAGGGUCGAGUCAACGAUAAAUUUUGAAAGUUAUUAUUCCCAUCAGACUUUGGCAAAAAAGUUGAUAUCAGGAAAGUUGUUGUUUUGAAUCAUUUAAACACGACUAUUUUAUGAAGCCUUUUAUCGAUGCACUAAAUAUUUAUUUUUUUCUUUAGAUGUCCGGAUUGUAUUUUAAUUAUUAUAGCUGUUGUUAACAGUCCUCAUUAGGGCAGUGCUGUUAGUUUUUUUUAUAUGUGAUCAAAAGAACAUUUAUAAUAGCAACGAACUCUGGCCGGAGACAGGAUAAAUGACAUGAUUGUGUGGUUGAAUGAGGUUCAUUGUUAGGGCUUAUCAGAUAACAGAGCGAGUGGGUAUUUUCCCAGCAGAGCAAUUCUGUGACUUCCUGGGCGUAAACGAAAAAAAAAAGGCUUGGCUACGCCCCUGAUUGCUAAACUAAGCAAACUAAGGAACUUGUUUCUUAAAAUCAUAGGCUAUUGCUGCACUAGAGAAAUUUCCCACUCAGGCAACCAGACAGGCUCUAAUAGAUAUCAUCAACCAAAACGAGUGUUUCUUCAGAGUAAGGCUCCAAGCAUGUUUUUGCCUUGCUAAGGUGAGUGUGUCAGUCAUGAAAAAAGAAAAUGAGUUAACCUGGAAACAACAAAAUUAAUGUUAAGACUGUAAUGAUUUAGAUUAAGAAGGAAACCGAUGGCUGGUGUGGUAUCGGCUUAAAAAGGCCUUUUUAAAAAAUACCAUAAUACUCUUUGUUUUCUCUCUAAAACUUUGCAUAAGCAUUGUCUACAAUUUCUCUCAGUUUGGACUUACAAUUGGGCGAAGAGAAGCUGAAAGCAAUGCGUAUAUACCAAAUGUUGGAGGGAAAACAUAGAGUUUAGAGUUUUAUGGUACUUUUGAAAAAGGCCUGUAAACAAAUUCCACAGAUUUGAGGGUAGAGUUUAUUUUCUCUCCUUAAAAUCUUGAUUGGGUGAGUGGGAAGAACUUGUGCCACGAAACGAGUCUAUUCUCUAAUCUGUUACGCAUGCGCAAGGAUUAAAUAUACGUGCUGUAGCUCUGAUUGGUUGAAUGAUUCCCCGCCCGUCAGUGAAACUGCACGACGAACCUGUGUUAACCAAUCUUUUUUUGUGGCAGAAGUUUCCCUCGUGUGCUCGGCCAGUGGGUGAUGCUCGAUAUACUAAGUCAAUAUAAUAUAAUAUAUUCACUAUUGUCUCGUUCUGGCCCCGGUUGCUCAAAUGUUGGAUAGUGCUAUCCAUCAGAUAAAUCACUAUCGAGGGAAACCGAUUACGCUAUCCAUUGGAUAGAGAUUUACCCAUUGGAAAGCGUUAUCCACCUUACGAACAACUAGGGCCUGUUGUGUGAAGUUUAUUGCGUUAUUGUGUAAGGGCUAGGGAUCAUUGCUGUGCUCUUUAUGGCAUGACUCGAGACUUAAUAUUCACUUGGUGUAUCGUGCAUUAGCCCCUAUAGGGCGAUGAAAACACCUCAGCUCGUAGACUGCAGAAUUGUUAACUGAAUUUCGUUUAGCUUAAAAAAUAUCUCCUAAACUUUCCCUGAUACAUGUAUUCUAUUGCUGGUUUGCUCGUGACGUCACGGCGGCCAUGUUGGAGGUCAAGAACAAAAGUAUCUUUCUUUUUGGGAACUAAACUCCAUUUUCAUGUAAAUUCUUCGAGAAAAAUUUUAUUGUAUUGACCUCCAACAUGGCCGCCUUGUCACGUGGUUGCAAACCAAGAAUUCCAGCAAAUUAUGUAGUUGUUUAAGAUAUUUGUAAUUGCAUUUGACGUUCUUUUAUGUUCUGUACAAUUGACACAGAUUGCUACAGCUUGUGCGUCCAGCUGGAACGGUCACACAACCAUGAUCGGUAUUUUCAGAAAUAUGUUUGGAUCACAGUCCUGUCCACACAUUGUCAAGUACAACGACUUCUCAAACUUCAUCACCUACUUUAUACAAAAGGUUUGUUUAACAGGGGCGUAAAAAAGAUGAGCCGUGUAAAAAGGUACUUUCAGUUAUGAAGAAGACAAUGUUGAAAGGAAUAAAUUAUACCAAACACUUGUGCAAGAGGUGAGCCCCAUGCAUCUUGUUCGCGUACAGUAUAGAGAGAUACCCAUUGACUGCGAAAGAGUAAUCGACGUUUGUCACUGAAAAAAGCCAAGAAGCUGCAAGAAGACUUAUGUGGGCCCACAAUGUAAACUACUGGGUUUACCAGUAAUUUUGACAGCCAUUACAGCUUUAUCUAUUUAUUUAUUUAUUUAUUUAUUUAUUUAUUUGAGACUUGCAUUUUAGGGACCGUUAGUAGAUAAUUUACACCGACGCGUAGAUUUUCUUCCUAGACCUGCUAGUGUUGAUUAUGGCAUUCUAUUUCGGAAAAUGUUCUAUAAAAAAUGUGCACUUGUACAGGGUCGAGUCAACGAUAAAUUUUGAAAGUUAUUAUUCACGUCAGACUUUAGCAAAAAAGUUGAUAUCAGGAAAAUUGAUGUUUUGAAUCAUUUUAAACACAACUAUUUUAUGAAGCCUUUUAUCGAUGCGCUAAAUAUUUAUUUUGUUCUUUAGAUGUCCGGAUUGUCUUUUAAUUAUCAUAGCUAUUGUUAACAGUCCUCAUUACUGCGGUGCUGUUAUUUUUGUUUUAUUUGUGAUCAAAAGAACAUUUAUUAUAGCAGUGAACUCUGGCCGGAGACACGUGAUAUGACAUGAUUGGGUGGAUGAAUGGGGUUCAUUGUUAGGGCUUAUCAGAUAACAGAUAGACUGCGAGCAGCCUCUCUUUUUCUUCAGAUAAUUUGCGUGUCUCGGGCGAUUUGCUCGACGGACCAAGAAAAUAGAGAGACUGCUCGUAGUCUAGAUAACAGAGCGAGUAGGUAUUUUCCCAGCAGAGCAAUUCUGUGACUUCCUGGGCGUAAACGAAAAAAAAAAGGCUUGGCUACACCCCUGAUUGCUAAACUAAGCAAACUAAGGAACUUGUUUCUUAAAAUCAUAGGCUAUUGCUGCACUAGAGAAAUUUCCCACUCAGGCAACCAGACAAGCUCUAAUAGAUAUCAUCAACCAAAACGAGUGUUUCUUCAGAGUAAGGCUCCAAGCAUGUUUUUGCCUUGCUAAGGUGAGUGUGUCAGUCAUGAAAAAAGGAAAUGAGUUAACCUGGAAACAACAAAAUUAAUGUUAAGACUGUAAUGAUUUAGAUUAAGAAGGAAACCGAUGGCUGGUGUGGUAUCGGCUUAAAAAGGCCUUUUUAAAAAAUACCAUAAUACUCUUUGUUUUUGGCCCUACUGUUGGUGGUGCUGGUGUCGGUAAUAUUGAUGGUCAUACAUAGACACUGAUAUAUGUAGAUCUUGAAACUAUGCCGAGGUCUUCCUCUUUUAAAAAAUUAUCAAGUAAAAAUUCUUGCAUUUGGUUGAUCCACACUUUGUUAAUAAAUCAUAUUUUGUCCACGUAGACGCUGCCUGUUGCUAUCGCCACUGUUAGAAAUGUGCAUUCUCAGUGCCCACGCGAAGUGCUACAGUUCAUCUUGGAUUUAAUCAAAUACAAUGACAACAGGCUUAAUAAGGUAUUGUUUAUAAAUAUGCUGUAUUCAAUCCCCACCCCCCGCGCAACCCAUACCCAGCGACCUUUGUUAGAAAUGAUAAAAUUGUCCAAAACUAAACAACUACAUUUAGCAAAGAAGUUUGCACUGUUAAGCGUAGCUGUCCCCUUUUCAGCUACAAACCGGAAAGAGAACUGAAACAAAUGUGGAUAAUUAGUUAUUUUUCUGUUUUUUUUUUUUUUCAAUACCUGGCUCAACGAACUCCACAAAAUUUCCUUAAGCUACACCCACGAAGAACGUUGAAAUGAACCCACGAUUUCAUUUGAACUAUAGACAAAGAAUCAUACACUGAACGGGAAGAAAAAAGAACCUCGCGGCCAUUAUGGUUGAUUCCAACGUCAAUUAACCACUCUCAUAACCUUUUAGUACACAGACAGUCAUUAUCGAAGCGCUCUCAUUGACGCACUAGCCAAUACUGUCACACCUGGUGUUUCCAUGGUAACCACUAAUAGGUAUGUAUUGGCUCAAUGUUGAAUGAAUGAUUAUCAUUGUCACCAGUAUUGGCCAUUUUGUGGGACACUGGGUCGGUAUUGUGUCCAAAUGCACUAUGGGGCUGUUUUGGUGACGUCAUCCUUUUUACAUUUGUGAUAACAAAUCAGUUUGCCCUGGAAAUUGGGUCAAGCCUGUGUUUCAAAGCGACGCGCUAAGUGCGAAAUAUGAUUUUCUAUUUUUGUGCAACUUAAACUCAUUUCCCCAAGAAAGGUUUUGCACUUAGACUCGUUUUGAAACUGAGAGUUUUUGGAACUCGAAAAUGGUCUAUUCGUCCCACAGUCCAAAGUCCAAAAGUGCAGGUUUAACACAACACCGACGCAACCUUUGCACAUUCUUCAUGAGUUUAUCCACCCAAUUCUCAAGAUUCAACAUUGAAUCUUAACCUGACGUCUCAAUAUACUAACUUAUAAUGUCUGUUUAUUAUCAGUGAAGGCAAACCAGUGGUCAAGUUAACAGAGGAAACUCAGCUCAUCCUAGGUGAAGUUACUCGGCAGCUGAACUUAGAGAAGCUGCUUCCUACCUACCGAUAUGUUCUAUCUGUAAGGUGAGUUUGGAUCUGAACCUUACAUCUACAGCGCAGCCAUCAACUUUUAGAGAAACUUCUUGGUCAAAAUGUCCCUUUGAUGGUCCUCUAUUACACUGUACUAACUUCUAAACCAUCUGACCAAGUCUGAAAGCCAGCCCUUGGGUAUUAAGAUAAUUUUACUUUUUGCAACGACGAUUGAUUGAUUGAUUGAUUCACUUUUAUUUGAAUACGGUAAUUUCAUAAGUUACGCAACUUCUUUACAUGAAAUGAAAAAAUCUUAUUGAAACAGAAUGAAUACUGAGUACUGUAAAUACUUUAAAAAUCUUAAUCAAUAAGUACAGACGAUAAGAGUUACUCAAUAGUUUGCUUGCCUGCUGGCCAGUUUUCUUUUGAAAUAGCUUUGAAUUCGGAUGCCUUUAUCUCGGUUGGUAAUGAAUUCCACAGUAUUCCUCCUCUAUAUGAAAACGACCCUUUAAAAUAUUCUGUUUUUGACCCAGAGCAACAUUAUUCUCUGGGGUUCUUAGCUUAGACUUAUAAGGGUUAUUCUCACACGCAUUUUAGAAAAAAUCCCUUAAUUAACUAGGCACAUUUCAAUUAACUGUAUCAUACAUCAAUACGCUUAAACCCCUUUGCUGUAUUGAAACAAGCUCUUCCCAGUCUAAUUGUCAUCUAAUUUCUACUGAACGCACAUCGUAACCUUGGAAAGUUAUUAUGCGUGCACGAUUUUGUAAUCUCUGAAGUUGCGAACCGUCCCGACUUUAAAAUUCGCUACAGAGAGGUGCUACUACGGCGACAUGAGGUCAAAAUAACUUCCGGUGACGUCACCACCUUAGUAGCAACACGGAUUUCCCGACAAAGUUCGUGAGUAUCAACUGACAUUUUGUCGUACCAGAAAGCAAGGCUCAACCCUUUGGAAAGCCUUGCUGCAGUUUGGGUGGUGACAUCAACGCAAGUGAGUUAAAGGGACCUUGAGCGACGAUGACGGCGAGGGCAGCGAGAAUGGCAAAAAAGCUAUAGGUUUAGAUUGGCUAAAAAACAACUUUGCACGUGCAUCACGCUUUUUUGUACAUUUCUUUGCUGUCGCUGCACGACUACAAUGAGAAAGUGCCUCAUUUCACGUUUUGUCGAGAACGUGAACAGAAGACGACUUUCUUUUUCUUUUCCUGAACUUUAAUACAGUUUUUUAGAAUUCAGCUCCAGAAACGUUUGCCAACAUUUGGCGAAUUGGACGAGUGGGAAUAAGCGCGAUAAAGUUUGAUGUAGCGCGACUUCACUUUUUAAGUGAGUUUUUUGCAGCCGUCGCCGUCGUUGUUGCUUAAGCACCCUUUUGACGUCAUGUCGCCGAAGUAGCAGCUCUCCGUAGCGAAUCUUUAAGUCUCUAUUUUCUUUACUUUCCUGUGGUGCUUUUAGCACGCUACAGGCACUGUGUGAUUUUAUGUUAGGUCCAAUUAUAUCGCGAACCACGUUGAAAUUCGGCCUGAUUCAAGGCUAAUAAGGCCAAACGACCCAGGAUUGAAUCGUUCACCAUUUGUUGUUACAAAAGGAAAUCAAGAUAAAUGAUAGGCUUGGUUUCAGCCAUUCCCUCCGAUCCGAUCCCUCGGGUCCGGUCCCUCGGGUUCGGUCUUUAGUGGGCCAAUUUCCCGAAUAGCGGCUGGUAAUCGAGCUAUAAAAAUGAUUAUUGCGGUUUUACUUGUUCGUAGAAAAAAAAGCAAACUCGCCCAAACGUGCGCUUAUUAUAAUAAAUAAUUGAUGAAUACAGGGGACUGUUAAGAACUAACCCCGUCUUCUUCCUUGUGACUAAGAGAAGCCAUUGUAAUAUUUUCAGUUGUCUGAAGGCUCUAAGAGUGUUACAAGUCAACAGUCACGUGCCUCCUGACCCUGCUGCUUUUGAAUACUACGCUAGGUGAGUACUAAGCUCUGAGAAUUUAUCUGAUUCAAAAAACAUAUUUAUUUGGAAUUUUCGUGUUCGUACAUACAAUGUCCGUGGUAACGAGACUGGCUUGUCCCUGUCGCGGCCCCACCCUUCUUUGCUCUUCCGCAGCGCGCGUGGUGACUUUACAAGAUGUAUUACCAAACGUUCACAGAGUUAGUUUUGGAUGCGUGUGCAAGGAUAUACUGUAUACUAGGUGAUGGCGCUUUCUCUUCUCCGUCGUUUCCAUUAACGAUACCUGGCAAGUAGUAUAGGGCGCACUGAAUUAUCCGUUUUGCGUGGGAAUAUUUUUUACGUGCGGGGGAAUACAUUAACGCUAAUGACAUCAUUGCCUUUUGUCUUUAUGUCAUGAAUAAAAUGCGGGAGAAUCUGAUUAAGAUAAGGUCAUGUGUUAUUUUUAGGUGGACUAACCAGUUAGACAGUUUUUCUAGUUAUUUCCAGUUUGAUAAUGAAACAAAUACUUUAAAUGGACAAUGACAAAACAUGGUUAAGAAUCCCAACUGGUAGGAGGCGGACCAGUAGGCCAUUUUACAAGUGUGGCGGAGGAUUUGAACUCGGGGCUACCGAAAACAAAUCCAGCUAGCGGUCAGGGCGGGACUUGAACUCGGGGCCUGAAAAUUAAAAGUCCAGUUUUUUUAAAAGCUCGGCCACGCUGCCACCGCUGACCUCCCAACUCAACAAAACUUAUUAUUUAGUUCAAUUUCCACGGCUAUAAAAGCAUUUUAAGGAAGCUCAUGUUAGCGACUUGGUGUCUUUCAACGACUGUCGGCGGAAAACAUAGUCCAAAGAAGUUUUUGUGAUGAAAUAAUUAGUUGAAUAACCCUUGUUUGAUGGAUGAUCAGUUUUUUGUGAGUUAUUAUUCUGUUUAUAGAAACUGAUUGAUUUUUCGAUUUUAGCUUGGGUCACUUUGAAGAUGUACGUCUCGCAGCCAUUGAUUGCCUUGUUGACCUCACCAAAAGUAUGUAUUGGAAUAUUAAGCUUUUAUUUCUCUUUUUAUGUCGAAUGCUUAUGUUUCUUUGUGUUUAGACACUGGUUUCUUGAAGUUGUUGAUGGUAAAAAUUACUCCUAAUUGAACUCCGAUUGAUUGUUUAAAUUGUUUUAUACAUAUUAGACCGGUUGAAACAUUGCAACCAGUUACAAGCGAAUAUAUGGGUUUUUCACCACGUACAAAACGUUUCCGGAAAAUCCGGUUGCAAAAUAAAUAGAACACGACUUUUCAGGUCUUUUGAGUGGAAAAUUUCCGGGAAUGCCGGAACGGCGGAAAAGUUAGUCCUGUUUUUCCGGUCAGAAUUUUCCAAAUAGAAAUUCGGACUGUUCACCACUUACAAAAAGUUUCCGGAAAAUACGGUUACAAAGUUAAAGGCACACGACUUUUCGGUUCGUUCCAGCCGAACAUCAAAGCCAUCUUUGAUACAAGUUUCAAGCUUUCGUAGCCGUUUUUCGGUGAAUGGAACCGAUUUGUGCAAAUGGUACACGCGAUUCGGGGACGCCGAAAUUUACCAGUCUUGAAUUUUGCGUACCAUUUGCCCAUACCGUGAACCGACCGGUUUUUCCACGUGUUCAAUAGUAAACAACCAUGUUGUUAUUUUUUUUCAGCUGAAAACCUUGAGCGAGGAAUGAACUACUUGAUGGGAUUAAUUGAAAAUGACCCUGUCCCUUUUAUCAGGCAAGUUACUUUAGUCUAAACUUCUCCAUUUUCACAUUAUAAGCGAUUUUUAUGAACUAGGCUUAACUUUAUAUAGAGAAUGAAGCGGUUGUUGAGGGUCAAGAAAUAAAAAAAAAAUGAACCAAUGAGAACUCGGAGUGAAGAUUUGCAUCCGGUGCUAAGCGCGGGAAAAAUGAUGUGAUCAAGUUAAUUGGUUGAGAAAAAUGUCGCGAGAUUUUUCAGCCAAUCACAGAGCGAACAAUACUAUGAAAAACAUGGGCUCUUUCCAUUCAACCAAAAUCAUUUUCCAAAAUUAAAAUUUCCAAAAAAGGGGACAACCUCGCGAGGUAUACCCAAAUUUUCGAAAUUUUUUCCUCAGAAGUUCUCUUUCCAUUUAACUUUGCUUCCGGAAUUUCUAGAAUUUUCGGUUGAAUGGUUGGCAUUUCGGAAAUUUAACAGCUUUCGGAACUUCUGGAAACUUUUCCGGGAAUUUUCUGUACCAUUUGCCACUGUUUUCAAAUUUUGGAAAGUUUUGGUUGAAUGGAAAGCGCUCCAUAUGAAGGAAAUAAAUAAGUAGGUAGACCUCAAAAUUAUUUGUCUUUGCAGGCAUUAUACGCUGUGUUCACUAACAAAAAAUCCUCCAUUCUCAAAGAAGGCCGAGUCCCGUCUAAACAGCUUAGAUCUAGUGGAGUGCUUAUGGAAGUUAAUCAAGUAAGUUGUCAUAUGUCUCAUUUACUUUCUCUUGGAUGUGUUCCCUUUUCUCAACAGAAUUACGAAAGUUAAAUGCGGUCAUGAAGAGAGAUUUAAAAACGUUGUCAUUUCGGGCACCUUCACUUUACUAGAAAGGACUGAAUUUAACUCUCUUAAUUUAGUUCUCAAACAAGUUUUCUUGUUGCAUUGCCACAGGCUCUUUAAUCGAGAGCUAUAUCCUUGUUACGCUUUUUUCGACUGUUUGGUUAAAUACUCUUUGAAGACGUAACGGGGUCUCGGCAUGUAUUUCCUUCGUUAUUUUAUGAUCAUUAGUACAUCACUUGUCUUUUCACCGAGAAGAAAGACUGAAUGGGAAAGUUCUUUUUUGUUAUUUUCUCGUUACCGAAGUUUGGCCCUUGUUUUUGUGUGUUGUUUGUUUGUUUGUUUCACAAAAUAUGCGUGCAUGCAUGUGAAUAUGACGAAGGUAUGACCUUUCACCUUGUAAUCCUAUGUAUAACCUGCAUCGUGGCAGGCGUUAAAAAGGGAACGGGGAGGGGGAAGGGGAAUUUAGGCUCGCGAGAGCCUUGCGCCUAUGCCCUGCCACACUGUCUUUUGUAUGUACGAAUAGCGAUAAGCUUGUUUAUUUACAAUAAUAUCCUUUGUUUUUUAGUUCCAGCUCCUCUGUUGACGCUCGUUUGCGACGAGAUGGAGUGGAGUUAUAUAAUGCGUUAUGGGGUCGCCUCACUCCCAGCUGUGUUCCUCCGCAAGGAGUAAGUGUGUGUUUUCCCCUCUGUCUGAUAAUCAGGCGGCAAAGUGCGAAGUAUGAUCAUAGUUUCAACAUUACCAUGAACACCAGGACAAACCCAGGAUUCAAAACAAUUUUCUUUGGCUUGUUUUAAUGUAUUCUUUAAUCCUAACUUUAAGCCAGUUUUAAGCAGGCAUUGUUCCGGCGUUAUCAGGUUCGGUUUACUUUAAAGUAUAUGGAGAAAAUCUUGUGUGAGCACUCCGUAGCAAGGUCUUCGGUAGCUUAAGUUUUUUACAAACGUAAUUAACGUCGGCUUGUUUAUUCUUCAUUUCGCUCAUUCUUGGAAAAGGUCAGGGUAGAAAGAUGAAAACGAUACCGCACUUUGUUUAACCCUGAAAUGACAGUUGUUCUUCGACAGCUUUUAAAUUUCCCUUUUGUCCCCUUUUUUCCAUGUAACCACUAACCAGUGUAGCUGUAAGACGGGUGAGGGCUAACGGAAAACAUUAUCCAGUUUUAUAAAGUUCAGAUACAAAAGUUUUGUUCCCAAUUUCUUGUUCGAGUCUGCAGUCACACAUUAUACUAGCACCUAAAACUACUAUUGUCUGUUGUUCUUUUGUAGAUGGGAAUUGUAAUCGAUUUGAAGGAGCGCAAGAUAAUGAGCCUCUCUCCUCUUCCACCCCCUGCCUCUCCGGUGAGUGGAACAAACGUCACAAGGCUGUACUUACCUUAAGUCGAUUACAAAGAGUUUGAUGACGCUGAAAUAUGAAUUGUAAUUUAGACAAACUAUUAACGAUCUUUCUAGUUUGACUUUGCAAGUACGAAAAUGAAAAAAUUUUAAUCUUGGUGUUUUUGUUUGUUCCAGUCCGUUAGGACGGUUUUCACGGUAGAAUAAGCCCUUUAUUCAAGACCUUUUUGAACUCACUUUCUUCUGAGGCACUUUUAAUGAAGAUGUAGACCAUUGUUUUUUGCCUCUCCCAGUCAGCGGUGUGUUGACCAAGAUGGACGUCUAGUUUCGAGCUCCCACUAACUUUGGCAGUUUUUCAGUUUUUUUGACGGUUUUUAUUCAGUGAACACGACUGUGAACAUGUCUUAGUGAGCUUUGAUUUGAACCGUGUACGCACUACUCGCCUCGAAAAGCUUCUCUACAACCAGUUACAAAAAGGGUUUGGGACAUUGCAUGCAUGAAAUAAUUCUCCCGUUGUUUAGUUAGCAUUACAAGAUCGUAUUUAACAGGAGGGAGGAGAGAAAACCACUUGUGGUCGUAAUAAUUAUUUCUCUGUUGCAUAAAUAUUGCAUGUCAAUUUGUUACAGGGGUCGGUUAGUGGUGAAGAAUCUUCAACAUCAAAAAAGAGCCACAAGAGAAAGCACUCUCGAGCGGCGUCACCUGCAGGCUAGUAACAAAAUUCUUUCCAGCCUUUUUGUAUACACUCUGUAUCGUUUAGAAAUGUAAGUAAGUUGGUAGUUAUUCGCAGAGCCGACGGAACGCUGAAGUUUCGGUCGAUGUUAACAUAACUUUAUUAUUUAUAUAGCGCAAAGUACUUGGGUAUAUGGUCUAAUGCGCUGACGAUUGACGAUGCCGAGUUUUUUGUUUUUUGUUUUUUUUUUUCUAUUCGGCAGGGGCGUGUUUUUCUGAAAAUGAGAGUCAAUCUUUUUUAUAUGAGUUGGAACUAUAUAGCAUCAACCUUAACCCUAAAUAGAAGCUGUCCGUUUUUCGAGUCAGUUCUUAACCCUAAUCAGUAUUGAUCAGUGCUUAACCCUUAUCACUAUUCUCAGGGCUUAACCUUAAUCAGUAUUGAUAGUCAAUGCAGCCAUUGCCGAGAAUUAUGGAGAUGAGUAUUAACCAAUCAUCGCAUGGUUUGCUAUCAGUUUGGUAUGAAACAGAAGAGAACGCAAAUUCCCCAACACUACCUUGCGCGCUUGCUGAAAAAUUACCCGAGACCAUUGUGCGCGCCUAGUUUCAUCAAAUCGGGAACGCUUCUCAUACUACAAACACUUAUUUUCUUAUUUUCGACUUUUUUUUCAAUUCCUUACAUAUAUACACGGGGGGAAUUCUAUGAUGCCUCGUCGGGUUUUAGUCUCUGGGCCAAAACCCUGCGAGGGCUAUUGAGCAUGUGCUUUCAUUUCCUCUCUCUGUAUUUUUAACUUUUUUUAUUUUAUUUUUUUUUUCACUUGUUAUACUAGACCUUUGGAAUCCGGGAGAGCUGACUCAAUCCGAAUCCGGAGUAGAGCUGCCUGUCUUAAAGCCGUGCGGUUGUUCUUCGCUUACCCAGGCCUUCUCGGUCAAUGCAUUUCGGUGCCGUAUCCGAGGCGAACUUGCGGGAAACUCCUUCGCUCGGACCACGUGCCCCGAGACGCAUUGACCGCACAGGAUAGUGAGGCCUAGGGACUAGGAAACGCUUACCUCGUACACACACCCAUUAUAGUGUACUCAAUUUUAUUAUUAAUUUUUUUUCCACACAUAGACCUUAGUCAUUUGGAUUCUCAACCGGGAACGCCUAUGAGUGUUGAGUCAGCGAAUUCUGAAGCCAGCAAAGUUCGCCUCAAAAUUAAGGUAAAGUUGUCUCUAAGAUUCGCUACUUAAAUUUGUUCCAUGUUUUUAGGUUUGAGUUUGAAUAGGCAUCUUCCAAAAAGCUUAGACAACAGCUAUAUGUUUGACUCACUGUCGAUGGUCGAGUUUCUCCCAUGUCUGCCAUUUACAUAAAUUCUUUAGGUGUCACUUGAAACAGUCCAGCGUCCAGAGUCUAUGUGGGAAAAUAGAGUUGACUGUAUACGAAUUGAAUCUUAGAUUUCUUGUUAUUCACUUUAGAUUGGCGGUGAAGAGAGUGGUGCGGAAAGUGGAGGCGAAGUUCGAAUAAAACCCGACCCCGAUGGCGGCUCCAUCGAGCGUAAAAAACACAAGAAAAAGAAAAAGAAGAAUAAACACAAAGAUGACCGGGAGAAAAGGAAACUGAGCACGAGUAGCAGCAAUUAUGACUCACCGCUCAUGUUCGACACCAGUCUUCCGUAGGUUUGGUCGAUGAAAGGCGAGAUAAAAGUUGUAAUCAGACUUCUCUUGAUUCCAGCCUCGCCCCAAACGUAUGCAAUCCUUUUUAGGUACAAAGCGGAACGGAAGUAAAGUUUUGCGGUGAGCUGGUUAAUCGUUUUCUUGUGAAAUGAUUAGCACCCGUGUACUCAGCCGACCAAUAGUUUUCAUUAGGAUGACU